UCAGCAGAGACAGUGUGAAGGCUCCAUGAGGUGUUCACAUAUAGCAUAAGGACCUGUCAAUCACUUUCUUCUUUCCUGUACCGUGGAACCAAGACAACUGAAAAUCAUCUAGAAGCCACUCUGCUCGCCUGGAACCAAAGAAAGAAAAGGCUACAAUAUGGCGUCCCAGAUCCCAGCACUCCCUCAGUCCUACGCUCCAGGGACUGAUAGCGUCUUUUCUGACCAGUCCGGCUUUUAUUCUCUGGAUGCCAAUGUGCCCGGGCUCUCUAAGGUGAUUCUCAACAAGCUCAACAUGAAGGACUACGGACAGUACAGGGCUGCUGUUGAGGGAAAGGCUAAAGGAAUCUCAUUCCGCAACUACAAGGAGAUGUUCCAGAGGAUUGAGGAGACCUUUAAGUUCUGCACCGGCUGCAACAAACUGCCCGACCAUCUCGCCAAGGGACAGACCUUGAAACGCUGCGUGAAGUGCUUGAAUGUGUACUACUGUACCAAGGACUGUCAGAAAAAAGACUGGCCUCAGCAUAAAAAGGUCUGCAAGAUGCUUCGCCUGGUGGCCAUUGACAGACUAGUGGAGUGGCUGAUGUUCACCGGAGACCUUCCAUUACCCACUGAGAAGUGGUCCAAGUCAGUCGCUGAGGUAAAGAACUGGGACGACUGGCUCCCGAUGCAGGGAGACCUCUGGCCACGUCUGGACGCCAUUUUGUCCGGUACCAACAUGGCAACACUUUGGAAAAACGCUAGCAGAGCACGGCCAGAUGAUGCUGACCUGCGGCAAUCUUUGUGGCGGCUUCAGAGCGAGUUCCUCUCUCGAGUUCUCACAGUUGGGACGGCUAUGCAACGCUUCGGCCUGGAUCCAAGCUGUAAACCCAUCACUAUUCACCUAGCAGGGGCAUCCCACAAUGAGACCAUGGGAGCCAGACUGACUGACUAUGAUGAGCUGACCCACAUGUUCCCUGGACAUCAGGGCAUAGAAAUAGUCAUGGUUGGACCAGAAGUGGUGGACAGCUCCAUCAUGAGGCCUCCUCUCAGUGCAUUUGGCCCCAAGCAGAGGGUCUACAUCAGCGCCUACAAGGGGCUCUACCACCAGUUCUGGGAGGAGCUGGUGGAGAAAGAGGAAGCAGCCAAGCCAGACCUGGUGGUGGGAUUUCAUCCUGGGUUCCACGCUAACCAGGGUCUGGUAGAGGGUUGGCUGCCCACUCUCCUGCUGCUCCGAGACUACAACAUCCCUGCCUUCUUCUCCAUGUAUAGCGAGAUGGAGCUCAAGUACUCACUGCAGAUCCUGCUGGAGCUGGAGAUGCACAUCAGGGACAGCGGAUCUAAUCCUUUCACCUCACAGAAACCAGAGCAGGUCCAGGCCUGCCCCAACAAAACCCCAGUCUACUGCAACUCUCAUUACAUCUGUUUCCAGGGACUGCUGCCACAAGAAGACUUUGAGGAGCCAAGUCCAGACAAUUAAGCGGCCACCAUAAAGAAAGAAAAAUCAGAGCCUGUCUGGUCCCCCUCUUUAAAGAUGUGGUUUUCAGUAUAUGAUUACGGGAACUUCCUGGGGAACUUGAGGGGUUUCCUGCAGCCUCUCAGAGAUGGACAUUGCUCGACUGUGCAGCUAGUUGGAAGAUGUGAGCGAUGAAGCUUACAUUCUGAUUUGGGGAAGAGAGCAUUUUUCAUAGUAAAAAAAUGAGCCUUCACUGCUGCUGUAGUGUCCUUUUGAAUUCUGAUAUUAUUAAUGAAUGAGUCAGAUUACAGAAAUCAUUCAAAGCUCAUGUGAGGGAACCCGAGGGCACCAGCAGGGGCACAAAGGUUUGCGCAUCACUGGUGCCCUGAGGUGACAUGAAUGUUGGAUACAAAGGGUCAUGGGCAUACAAACAUAAUGAGACCAAAAUGAGUUCAGUUCUCAUUUGAUGGUUGUCUGUAAUUUGCUCUGCAGCUAGAACCUAUUUCAAAACCUCACAAUGGCUGCAUGAAAUCAGAUCACAUGCUCACUAAUGUAACACAUGAUCUAAAGCUAUGCUUCAAUAAAUCCUGUGUGCUGCAGAGUCUGAUUUGAACUCUGAA